CAGCUGUGGCCCAUCGAGGCGGCGCCUCCCGAUUGGUCAGAACUCGGCGUCACCGGCACUAUUUAGAAACGUCCGGCGGGUCCGGAGAGUUACGACUUGCUCCUUUGGUCUCAUCAUGGUUGGCUGGAUGCCUUCUGGGGCUUUGCUCCUUCUUCUGAUGGCUGCUGCUGCUCUCUGCCACCCGUUUAGGAGAGAUGCUGGUCCCAGAUCGUUCCUUAACAGUCACCACAGACCCCACGCUCCGCUGGAACAUGCGCACAAGUGGGAAUUUGCACCUCAACGUCCAGUUGCUGGAGAAGAGGAUGUUGGUCAAUCUUGGACUGGUGAUGGAUGGGGUCAUGGUCAUCAACAAGCAGUUUCAAGUAGUGCUGAAAAUGUUCCUGAUCCAGAGGACUCUGAAGAACCUGUCCCAGACAGCAGCACAGCCAAUAAUCCAGAAGUCUCUGGUUCCCUUCCAGCAGGUGGUCCCGGUGCAUCCAGUUUUGGGCCUUAUUUCCCACCCCCUCAGCCGGCGUUUCAGCCUGGUGAGCUGUUUCGCUUUGAGAAAAGCUUUGAGCAUGGUGACUAUGAAUCGGAGCGUGAAACCCAAGGCCUUCCACAACCUCCUCGGCCGAGGCCUGGUCCGGUUCCUUUUGACUCGACACCUGAAAGUGCGGGCAUUUUGCCGCCACCUGUUUUCCCACCACCCAUUAGCAGGCCUUUUGUGCCUUAUCCUUUCGACUACUAUUUCUUGACCGGCCAGUAUCCUCCAGGCACAGCGACUCACAUUAGCGGCAGCUUUGAGCGUGGUAGGAACUACAACCAGGACUUUCACUAUGAAAAGUAUGAGGACGACUACGAGCCAGACUGGUCCUGGGAAUAUUCUGAUGGGCAUUGGCAACUCCCUGUAGAUGAAGACAGUCAUGAAGGUUCCUCAAAACAAGAUGGCUACUACGUUCCUCAUAAGCCUGGUCAAGAAAAACUCCCUGCUCAUCACUACCAGAAACAUGUUGGACACCACUAAAUGCCUUCAAAUGGUCUUUGAAUUUCAAUAAAUGGGGAAAUUAAAAAAAAAA